AUGAGUCGCUGCUCCUCCACAGAAUCACUUCACGACUACCACUACGACUACUACAACUUCUACCAUAUCUACCCUUCAACUGAAUCGUUCUCCUCCAACGACUCCAGCAUGUCUACGCCAAGUAAGCAAGGGGCAACUGGCGUGUACGCUCGAAACCGCACCAAUAUGGACGCUGCCUUGAAGGCAGAUCUUGCUGGCCUCAUCACGAAAGACGUGGAAUUAGAAGAAUUUGUGCGACAUGUAUACGGCGUAUCGAAAGACGACAUCAAGGCAAUAAAGUCCAAAGAAUGGAAGCUUGAGGGCUUGGAUACCUACAUGAAGCUGCUUGGCGAAGGUGCUCGAGAAGAGAAGUUCUAUGCACCAUUCAAGGCAAUUAUGGCCAACUUAUUCGGCAUUUUCGAGAGCGAGAAACGCAAGAUUGACGUACAUCAUGCAUCCCUUGGCAAGACCGCACUGAAAAGUGUCGGGAACGUUCGAAAACCAGACCAACUUUUCUUCUUCGGCUCGCACGACGACAAGUCACCCAUAACCUGGUCACUCGCUAAAGCCUUUGUCGAGCUCGCCGUGACAUCUAGCGCGCAACGCAUCAUCACGUCCAGUAGCUCGGCUAUAGCCACAAUCAAUGAAGAGGAAGCUGUAUUUGGUCUAGCUGCGUCAGCGCCCGACUUGAUGCUACCCGCAACAAUCACAACACCGUCCGGGGGGACGAAGCGCCGGAGCACAGAUCCCACAGACAGACCGAAGCCCCCGAAGAUCCCCAAAAUCAGCAUCUUGAAUAAGAAAGAACCACAAGCUGCAGGGUACGCUUUGGAGCUCCUGGCUUCGACUUGCAGACGAUGGGCCACCGGCAUGGUCAUCACAGACACGCAAGUGGCUUUGCAUUACUACGAUCGUGUGGGUGCCAUCUUCACCAAGCCUUUCAAAUUCGACGAAGAGCCAUGGAAGUUAGCGUUGGUCGCCUUGGCCAUUGGAGGAUGCGACCUUGUACAAGCAGGAUUCGAACCACUCGUUGCGUCCAGCCUCGACACCGCGCUCUCGCAGCCGCUUCUUUCACUAAAUAAUGCGAUUCUUAGAUUGCCAAAAGAUGACAGCAAUAAGGACGGCAGCGACAAAGUGAUUGGCGAUAAAGUGAAAGGUGAAACUGUCAUCGAGAAAGUCUGGUCGCACUUCAAAAUCACUGGUGAACCGCUAUACGUAUAUGGCGGUCUUACUGGACGCGGGUCACAUGUCUUACCUGGAGAUCUAGUCGAAGAAGCCCCUGCCCAGGAUCGCGCAGAAGGUGUGGCCAGCAAGGGAAAGCAGGUUGCUGAAGCCUCAGAGGCACCAGAGGGCGCCAUGGUUGUCAAGCUCAGUUGGCCGAUGGAGAAACGUCCGUAUCUCGAGGCGGAUACAAUCAAGGAUCUCGUCGAGAAGAUUCCAUGGAUGUCGCGUCACCUACCUCGGAUUCACUGCGCUAUAUCACUCAAGGGUGAAUUUAUGGGACUACCACGGCGCCUCUUCCACGACAUGACCAUAGCAUAUGGAUUGGAGCAGCGGUACUUCACCCUCCUAUUCUCGGAUCGCUAUAAACACCUUUGGGAUGUCAAAACAUUGAUUGGGUUCCAAAUGGCAUAUAUUGACAUCGUUGAGUGCCACCACACCGUGACGAAGUACGGAAAAGUGCUUCAUAGGGAUAUAAGCGAGAACAACCUAUUGUGGACUAAUGAUAAGCGCGUCGUUGGGGUCCUCAAUGACUGGGAUCUAGCCACACCCGUCGAUGCGGUUGGCAAUAGCACCAACCACCGAACCGGGACGGGCCCGUUCAUGGCCUACGACCUACUCGGGCCCAAACCGCCUGUCCAUCUGUAUCGGCACGAUCUCGAAUCGCUCUUUUAUGUGCUUAUAUGGGCGGUAGUGCAUUAUAACAUUGGCAGUGACGUCCCUUACUCCCGCGUUGUCAAUCCAGUGCUGAAAACAUGGACUGGGGAUUAUGGAGAAGCUCGUAAUGCGAAGCAUGCUUUCUUGGGGGACCCUGAGCCCGUGCUACUCGAGGUACAGCCUGUGUUCAAGCCAUUGCAAGCUACAUGGAUCGAACCACUCUGCGACCUUUUUCAAGAGGCUCAGACGAAUCGAGACAAGCAUGCGAGAACGAGAAGAGCAAGAGAAGAAGUCAUCGGACAGGACGUUCUGACGGGAAGCCAAGGAUCUGCCACAGAGACGGACCUGUUCGGUAUGAGACUGUGGGACGAAGACCAGGAUGAUGACGAGGGCUCAGCCCCUUCUCCGACCGUUCCACAGGCUGUCGCUCCUUCUCCUGCUCCACGAAGCGACGACAUCGACUUCGAGACUCUGGGAGACUGUUUGACGUUUGAGAAAUUCAUGGCUGCCUUGGGUGGAAGCCGGCCCGUUGGGAUACCGAAGAAAUACCGCGCCUACGCGGAAUCCCUCCUUGCAGUGCCCAAGUGA